UUACAGGAACUAUGUAUUGAGAGAAACCAACAAACAACCUGUUUGUGGAUGUUUAGGAGAAUAAUAGCUGUAAAAAGAACCAGCCUCAUUUUGGGCUUUGGGGAAAUUUUGGACAGCAUUCCAGAGUUGUGAGAGCGUUGCGAAGCCGAGGGAGCACCCAGCAUGCCUAGGCAGAUCCUUCCCUCCACCCAAAACAUCAUGAUGAACAUGGAGCUCCUUCAUACAGAUCUCCUUAACAACAUGAAGGGAAAACUAAAGCUAACAGGGUUAUUUGUAGAAUCCAGAAGUGGCAAAACCCUGCCUCUAAAGAAAACAUGCAAUAAUAGAUCUCACAAGGAGAAGAAAGAUAGCACAAGCUGCCGGGAAGAAAAUGUGUUUUAGGACGUUUUGCCUAACAGCAUUUUGGCGCCCUUGAAGGGCACUUUGGGAAGGGGACGCCACUCGAAGAGUCCUUCCAAACGAAAGGAUCAUAAGCGAUUACUCUGGUCUCCAGUCACGUGCUAUGAAGUAAACAUGGCAGACGAGGACCCAAACACGAAAGUUGGAUGUGAAGACGCUCCUGAUAAAGCAGAAGAACCGGAGGCAACGGAACCUGUGCGAGAUGUUGUGGCAAACGAUAGCGACGAGGCUCGGAAAGACAAGCCGGCAGACAGCUCUUGGUCGGCGUCGAUUCUGUCGUUUGCUCGUAAAGCGACGGAGACUCUGAGCAGUGUGAAUAACUACAGCGCUGGAUUAAAGGCGUCUGACACAAAACAACACUGCUGUGACAGCUCUGACACCAUUAAACCCGCAGGGAUGAAGGAUCCUGCAGCAUUGGAGAGGUCAAAUCUCCUCAGCAUGAUGAGGCUCAGCAUCAACGUUCUGAUCCAGUCGUCUCUCAGUCUCGGCCGGAUGCUUGAUUCUGAGUAUCUUCCUCUGCAGCAGUUCUUUGUGGUUCUGGAGCACUGCCUUAAACACGGUCUAAAAGCGAAGAAAUCUUUCAUUGGUCAGAAUAAAUCUAUCUGGGCUCCCUUGGAGUUGAUAGAGAAGCUGUGCCCUGAGUCAGCUGACAUUGCCACCAAAGUGCGUGAUAUGCCAGGACUCAAGACAGGUCUCGGGCGAGCAAGAGCGUGGCUGCAUUUGGCUCUUAUGCAGAAAAAAAUUGCAGAUUACAUGAAAGUCCUCAUAAGCAGGCAAGACCUUCUUGGGGAGUUUUAUGAGCCCGGAUCUCUUAUAUUGGAGGAGGAGGGGGUUGUUAUCGUAGGCAUGCUGGUUGGCCUGAAUGCGCUCGAUGCCAAUCUGUGUGUGAAAGGAGAGGAUCUGGAUUGUCAGGUGUGUGUUAUUGACUUCUCAUUAUACUUGAAGGAUCCACAGACAACUGAGACCACACAAGAUGAUUCAAAAAUGACAGCCAUCCUUGACCAGAAGCACUAUGUAGAAGAACUGAACCGACAUCUAAGCUGCAUGGUGAAGGAUCUUCAGACCAAGAUGGACUCGCUGGAGAAGACCAACUGCAAACUCACUGAGGAGCUGACAGCAGCUUCAGACAGAAUCGAUGCUUUGCAUGAAGAGCAGAAACAACUUAAGCAGGAAAAUGCUAAUAUUCUCCAAACUAGUCAGAGGAAAGAGGAGGUGACUCUUCAAGACAGCCAUGUGGAACUGGAAACAUACCGGCAGACACGUCAGGGUUUGGAUGAAAUGUACAGUGUAGUUUGGAAGCAGUACAAGGAGGAGAAACGAAUCCGGCAGGAGCUGCAAAAGGAGUUGGAGCUGCAGAUAGGUCUGAAGCAAGAAAUGGAGGUGGCCAUGAAACUCCUGGAAAAGGACAGUUACGUGAAACAGGACACGCUGGGCGCACUACGACAACAACUGGACCAGGUCAAGAAUCUCAACCUGCAGAUGUUCAACAAAGCGCAGGAGUCUGACCGAGUGGCCCAGAGGAAAGUGGAGGAGACGCUACAGGUUGAAAAGAAGAUGAUUCAGAUGGAGGCAGCCAUGAAAGAACUAGAGCAGAGGCUUCAGAAUUCAGAGAAUUUGCGCAAGAACACAGAUGAAAGCCAAAAUGAGCUGCGAUCGGAAAUGAAAGGGAAAGUGAACGCUCUGCAGAAGCGUCUGGCUGACCUGGACACGCUCAGGGCAGGCCUGGAGUCAGAACUCAGCACGGAGAAAGAACAGCGGCAGAACCUGCAGAGAGAGCUGCAGAGAGAGCAGGACAACAGUGCUGAGCUGCGCACACAACUGCAACAGCUGCGAGGCUUGCAGACGGAAUUGCUUGAACUGCGACAUGAGAAGAAACAGCUCCAGCAGCUGUGUGAGGAACAGGAAAAGGCUCUACAGGAGAUGGGUCUUCAUCUCAGCCAGUCCAAACUCAAGAUGGAGGACUUCAAAGAGGUCAACAAAGCAUUGAAGGGUCAUGCCUGGUUAAAAGACGAUGAAGCCACAAAGUGCAAACAGUGCCAAAAAGAGUUCUCAAUAUCUCGGAGGAAACACCAUUGCAGAAACUGUGGAGACAUCUACUGCAACAGCUGCUCCAGUAAUGAGCUGGCUCUACCUUCAUUUCCCAGACCUGUCCGUGUAUGUGAUGUCUGCCAUUCCCUCCUCAUCCACAGGAGUACCACUGGCUCCUGACAACACUUACAAUAACAUCAUGUGUGGAUAGAACUACAGGCCAACUCUAAAGAUCUCCUCUGUUGUUGCUAUUUUAAGACCAACAGUAACACUUGUGCAAAUUUCUUUGAGCACCACUGGCUUCCGAUUGAAACCUUUGUUGCAAAAUCAUAUGCAAAGUUUCAGUUAGUUCAGGUAACAGCAACUGUAACAUUAAGAUAAAUUAUUGCAUUUGUACUAAGGGAGAAAACGAACACAUUAAGCCUUUCAGAUGUACACCUGAAUCAAUCACAACAUGAUAGUUUAUAAGUUCUUAUUUGAGCAUUCUCAAUGCUAAUUCAAGGAGACAUAACUGAAUUCUAAUCUUGCGUCAUUUUGAAUAUUCAUGCUUGUACUAUAACAGUGCAAGAGCUCAUGCAUGUCAGAUGUGUCUAAAAGGGGGACCGAUUCCUAUCGAAAGUCAGUAGGUUCAUCUGACAUUUUUCUGGAAAAGUUAUAGUAUUGACAGUUUCUCCAACUAAAGGCUCAUGCUCAUACUAGUCCAGCAAAUAAUUUUUGUACACGUUGCUUUUUAAACUUCUAUGAAUAUAAAGUAUAUUUUAGAUUGUAUGAAAAUGUGUCAUCGCCUGUUCCGAUCAAAGCUGUAAUGAAGUUUGAAAAUUCUGGAGAUUUUAUAGAAUUGUGUACUGUUUAAUAAACACUGCCUCAGAAGUAUUAAUCCAUGUAUGAAGAAAUGAGGAAUCAGACAAAUGUCCACUUUGUGCAUUACACUGAAAUCACAGGUUUGGUACAUCACGUGGAAAAAAGCAAAUGCUGCAAAACAACAGUAACAUGCAUGUAAAUUAAACCCCCCUUGAAGCCAUGCUUUAGAAUAAUACAAAAAGUCUUUCCUAAACAUAACACUCUUCAAAAUAUUGGUCUGAAUUAAGCAUUUAGUACAUGUAAAGACAUCUUUGCUGGUGAGAAAACUGAGAUAUGAUGAGCUACAGUCACAGAGUCAGUGAAACCUCCAUGUACAUAGACGUCAAUAUGUACUUUAAAGUGUAGUUCACCCAAAAAUGCAAAUUCUGUCAUUGACCCAAACGUGACUUCUUCCAAGGGACACAAAAGACAUUAGGGAGAAUGUUCAGUCUGUCACCAUUCACUUUCUUUGUAUUCGGAGUUGCUAACAUUCUGCCUAACAUCUUGUGCGUUCCAUGACAAAGUCUGUCAUACGGGUUUGGAACAACAAGAGAGUGCGUAAAUGACGACAUUUUCAUUUUUGGGUGAACUAUCCAUUCAGUGUUUGAUAAACUGGCACAUAGUGGCCUGCUAUGAGGGGGAAAAAAAGAUCACCUCUUAAAUAUAAAAAGAGAUUUACAGGCACCUCACCAUUUUGGUAAAUGGGCUGUAUCAUAUUUCAGCAAGUGUUUCUCUUUAACGUAAAAUACUUAAUCUUUUUACAAAAAGAAGGGUAGU